UUCUAAUAAUAAUUUAAUAGUGAGUUAGUUGACCUGUUCGAUAGUGUCUUAAGUGGAAAGAAAAUGUGUUUUCAAAAUACCUUCUUGGUAUUUUUUAUUUUAUUUUCAUGCAUUAAAGUCGCUUUUCUUCUGGAUAACAACAUUAUACCUAAAACGGUGCCAUCGAAUUUCAAUGUUAAGACUUUAUGCGAGAAAAGGAAAAAAACCGUUAAGGCUUACGCACUGAUUCCAGUAAAAGUGACGUGGUUUCAAGCCUUCGCAUUUUGUACUGAAAAGAACAUGAGUCUUAUUACGAUCCAUUCAGAGCAGGAGAGCGACGACAUCGAACGUGAAUUUUGGUCAGGCAAGCAUAAAUCCAUAAGCGACUACUGGACGGCAGGAACGAGGCUCGGGGCCAAAACGAUUUCAGACUUUGUUUGGUUCUCAGAUGGUACGCCGUUUCUGUAUACCAAUUGGUAUACCAGAAACAAACCCCACCAACCAGAUAACGAAGGUGGAGAUGAAAAUUGUGUGUGUCUAAGUAACAGGGGUAUAGCAUGGGUACAUGCUCGUGGUAACGUAUAUGAAUGGCACGACGAAAAGUGCAACAAAGAAAAAGCUUUUAUCUGCGAAAGUAAUUGUUAAUUGCAGUAAAUUUACUCACCCAUCAUCCUUCUUCUUGAAGUAUUAAACAGAAUAAAAAAAUAUAA